AUGUUGAAACGCAUGGAAUUACCGGUUUUCUCCGGAGACGAUGCUUAUGGAUGGAUUGCUCUAGCUGAACGGUUUUUCAGAAUUGGAGGUUAUAGUGAGGAAGAUAAACUAGAAGUGGUUUCGAUCAGUUUAGGUGGUGAUGUCUUAAGCUGGUUCAACAGUGAAACGCAUCGGAAACCUUUUCUUAGUUGGCAGGACUUCACUGAUCGUCUGAUUGCACGUUUCAGUCGAGAGAAGUUACAAGAUCCAAGUCAACGAUUCUUCAAUGUUACACAAACUGGUUCAGUUUCUGAAUAUAUUCACAUGUUUGAAGAUCUCUCUACUCAAGCUACUGGAUUGUCGGACAAGCAAAUGGAAGGUAUUUUUAUGAAUGGGCUGACUCUUGACAUGAGAGAAAGAGAGAGGCAGCAGAACAACAAAUCUUCGGUUCACCCUCCUCCUUCCAAAUCCUACUCUAGUCAGACAGUGCCUCCUUGGAAGAUGAAACAACUACAACAAAGUCCUUCUUCUGCGCAAUCUAGACCGCAAAUCAAAUUGACGGAAGCUGAAAUUGCAGAGAAUAAGAGAUUGGGUCUGUGCUUCAAGUGUCCUGAAAAGUGGUCUAGAACACAUCUCUGUCCAGAAAAAUCUCUUCAGGUUCUCACGGUGGUUAAUGGUUUUGACAUGGAGAUUCUGGAUCAACACUUAAUUGAAGUGGCAGAGGAUUAUCAUGUGGAAGAACCAUCAUUGCUCAUGGAAUUAUCCUUAAACUCCUUCUUAGGGAUAGAUUCUCCUACUACAACCAAAAUGACAUGGUUGAUUAAGAAGAAUCAAGUAGUAGUUAUGUUAGCCAGUGGUGCUACAUAA